AUGCAUCUCGGAAAUUCUCAACAGCAGCAAGAAAGGGAAAGUUGCCCAGAAGCCAAAGACAUUAAUGGCCAAAGCCUGAGAGCAGAUUUACCGGGCUUAUCUGCCAAACGUAUUGUCAUUGAGCUUGAGUGGUAUGGCAGCAAUCCUGAAGGGAUGUUCUUGGAUAAUGAAGAUACCGAAUCAGACAGAAUCCCGCAGAAUACUUCAGUUACCUGGUGGAUUCCUUUUUUGACCUUCUCUUCUAUCCAUAGUGAAAACACCACGCGGACGGUAGAGACUUACAGGAUGCAGGUAGUGUCACUACACUCUUCUGUGCGUCGAUGCUCCAUCCUCGAGCUCAAAGAAUCAGAGGCAAUCGCUGAUGGUGUCAGUAUAUUGAUGGACGCACAUUGCGACGUGGGAUUCCGCGGUGUCAUCUUCCACGGGGCAGAAUCAAUGCCUAAUACUUUGAUGGAAUACGCCACAGCUCAAGAUGUAGAGGGCGUGGAUAAGAAGGCACUGCUUGGACAUAAACCGUUGCUUCUUUCUUCGAUUCAAAAAUCUAGCAAUUCUUAUAGUGAGCUGCAGGACCCCAUAUGGUAUGUUCAGUUACAAGAAUGGAAGCCGGAAUGUAGCCCCAAUACCUCCCAAGCAUGGUUCCUACCAUCUUCCUCUAUCUCCAACGACAAAAUCUCAUCUUCCUUUUACACCGCAAGCAGUGAUCUCGUGACUGUCAUCUUAUCAACAAAUAGCUCAUUUUCACCUCAAGUUCAAGUUCCUCAAACUACCGCAGCACUUCUUCACCCAAGCGCACCUGAAUCCAUGAACGCUUACGUAAAGAAGCAGCUCUUUCCAAUACCAAGAUGGCUCAAAUGGUCGUUGACCGAAGUCCCAAUCCAGCUCAAGUACCGGCCAUUCACUCGAGAAGAGAGAAGCUUGAUUCGGAACUACCGGACGUGGUACGCAACAGAAUAUGCUCGCCAAAAAGAAUAUGGUCUUUAUGAAGCCAAACUAAGGAACAAUCGAAUCGCAAAGUCUAAUCAGAGUGAUGAAGCCCCCGAGGCAGCGUUUUUGUGUUCUACAUACAGCUCAGAAGGCUCGACAAGUCAUAGGCUUAUAUCUCCCAGUCGCCUAACUUCAUCCCUUCAUCUAACCCCUGAAAGUGAUGGGAGAAACGUGAUUCCCAAAGAAUCAGCAAAGCUUAUGCCCCGGAACGAAGCGGACCGAAGCACUUGGCGCCAAAACAUAUCCUCAGCCCAUCAGGCAGAGGAUACUGCGGGCCUGAUCAAAGCAUCACGGUUUGAGCUCAUGCUCAUUCAUUGGCAACAUACACGCCUCGGCAUCAACACUUCCAUCUCGAUCAAACAGACUGCCGUCAAUAUCCGCCUCUCGGCUUCCGACCCCGAGUCCAGACGCGGUGAAGUGGAGAAAACCGCUGACCGAACGACACGGCCCCCGUACAAAGCUCGUCCAGCUACCUCACCUUCUCCAAAGUCUAUCUUCAGCCGUGGGGGCAUAUCAGCCAUCGCUGCUCCCUCCAUCAUCGCGUCGCGCGUCGGCCUCACCCGCUCCAUCCGUUUCGAGGCGAGGUGCCACACCUCCAAGCGGGCUUGUCCGACGGGCUCUAGGCCACUACCAUCCCCUUCUACAUCCUACCGCACCACACACGAAUCGAACAUGGACCCAGCCAAAUUCCCACCUGCCUCGAUUUACAUGACCUUUGUCAUCGUCCACGGACGUCGUCAACAGCCCGAACUAGUUCAAACAGGCAAGAUUAUGCCGGCUGUGAGACGAUUCUCAACCUCGCGUUGGUUCCUUGGAGAACAUCAGACACUGGGUCGGUAUUAUCUGUCCUGGGCUGCCUACUCCACCCUCCCGCCGGAACAGAUAUGUGAUCAAUAUCUGCCGGACGGUUACGUUUCCCGGUUCGGCUGUUGGAGCCAUUGGAGAAAAGGGCACAGAGCGAGAGAUGUUUGGAACUUUGGGAUGGAGAAGGGAACCCGGAAGGGCAAGACAAGUCCUGCAACAACGGUAUUGACCCAACGACUCCAACGAGCCAGGGGACAGGGAGAUCUUGGAGCAGUUCACCCCUUCUCUGCCACAGGGACGCAAACUUGGCGAACCCGGGGAAAAGCCGUCCCAGGUUCCCAGCCGUACACAGGCCUCCCGUUUGAUCCCAUCGCUCAGCCGCGUAACUGGUGGCCGCCGGAGCUGAGCCCCGAGAGCGGUGAUUGGCAGGCACCGUCCGAGAUCCACCAACGAGCGGUUCCUAGGGUCCCCGUUUUGUUACUGCUGCUGCUGCCUAUGGGGACUUCGAGAGAGCUGUUAGGAGUUGGGACGAAUUGGUUGCGAAGCACCUGCCAUAUUGGGGAGUUUGAAGAGCAACCAUUUUCAGUGCUCGGAAAGAGGACGCAAACACAACGUUCCAUCCCUACGCGAAGGAAUAUGCACGAGAAGAAAGCAAUGAAGAUUUAG